AUGUGCGGAAUUCUCGCGGUUCUUGGAGCUGCUGAUGCUUCGGCUCGCACCCGAGCGAAGGUCCUCGAGUGCACUGCCAGGCUGCGCCACCGUGGGCCCGACUGGAGCGGCGUGCACACGUUCGGUAACAACUUCCUCGCGCACGAACGGCUAGCCGUCAUCGACCCGGCGUCUGGCCACCAGCCGUUACGCAACGAGGACGGCAGCAUCGUGGUGGCCGUCAACGGCGAGAUCUACAACUACCAGCAGCUGAGGGACGAGCUCCAGGACUGCCACACGUUCAACACCGGCAGCGACUGCGAAGUCAUCGCGCAUCUCUAUGAAGACGUGGGCGAAGCGGCGGUUCAGAAGCUGGACGGAAUCUUCGCGUUCGUGCUGCUCAACACAAAGGACGGCUCGUACAUCGCGGCGCGCGACCCCAUCGGCGUGUGUCCGCUCUACAUCGGCUGGGGUCGCGACGGUUCCAUGUGGUUAGCGUCGGAAAUGAAGGCUCUUAAAGACGACUGCGAGCGCUUCGAGACGUUCCCGCCCGGCCAUAUCUACUCCAGCAAAGACCACACCCUCCGUCGCUGGUACAACCCCGCGUGGUACGACGAGCACAUCCCCUCGGCGCCGUACGACCCGCUCGCGCUGCAUGCCGCGUUCGAGAAGGCCGUCGUGAAGCGGCUCAUGACGGACGUGCCGUUCGGCGUGCUUCUAUCGGGGGGCCUCGACUCCUCGCUCGUCGCCGCCGUCGCGCAACGCCAUUUGGCGUCUACGGAAGCAGGGAAGCACACGCCCAUGUUUCUGCUGAGCCGCAAGAUCAAGGCGCUGGGGGUGAAGAUGGUGCUAUCUGGGGAAGGCAGCGACGAGGUGUUUGGGGGUUACCUGUACUUUCACAAGGCGCCCAGCAAGGAGAAAUUUCACGUGGAGACGUGUCAUAAGCUCAAGGCACUUCACAUGUACGAUUGCCUGAGGGCCAACAAGGCCACGUCAGCAUGGGGGCUGGAGGCGCGCGUUCCCUUCCUGGAUAAGGAGUUCCUUGACGUGGCAAUGAGCAUUGAUCCUCAGUAUAAGAUGAUUCGCAAAGAGGACGGCCGCAUUGAGAAGUGGGUCAUCCGACGAGCCUUCGACGACGAGGAGAAGCCAUACCUUCCCAAGGUAACCCGAACCUACCUCUCAUGUGCCGUACCUACCCGAGCAUAUCCUCUCUCCCUCCCCCCUUCUCCCCCCAUUCCCCCCACACUCACUGCUCAACCCCCGCUCCCCAUUUACCCUCGUCCUUUCUCCCCGCUGCAAUAUCAGUCACAGCAACAUCAUGCACAACACUUACAAUCAUUCACCCCUCAUCUCCCUCCCCUCCCCUACCACCGCCUCAUCAACCCUAGUCUCCCUCUCUCUAACCACCCCACAUCCCCCUCCCCCCCCCCCCCUCCCCGCCCCCCUCUGACCUUUCCCCUCUCACCCCUCAUCUUCCCCACCCACUCACUCCUCAACUUCCCCACCCACUCACUCCUCAACUUCCCCACCCACUCACUCCUCAACUUCCCCACCCACUCGCUCCUCAUCUCCCCCACCCACUCGCUCCUCAUCUCCCCCACCCACUCGCUCCUCAUCUCCCCCACCCACUCACUCCUCAUCUUCCCCACCCACUCACUUGAAGCAUCUCAUUCUGCUUGUCAUUCCCUCAUCUCCCCCACCCACUCACUCCUCUCAUCUCCCCCACCCACUCACUCCUCAUCUCCCCCACCCACUCACUCCUCAUCUCCCUCACUCACUCACUUGCAGCAUCUCAUUCGCCUCCUCAGCUUGCUUCUCACGCCCUCAUCUCCCCCACCCACUCACUCCUCAUCUCCCUCACUCACUCACUUGCAGCAUCUCAUUCGCCUCCUCAGCUGUCUGAUCUGGCAUGUGGUAGCUACAUGUGAUGUGACUGCUGCUCAUGUCAGUCGAUUCAGUGCUUCUCACGCCCUCAUCUCCCCCACCCACUCACUCCUCAUCUCCCUCACUCACUCACUUGCAGCAUCUCAUUCGCCUCCUCAGCUGUCUGAUUGGCAUGUGGUAGCUACAUGUGAUGUGACUGCUGCUCAUGUCAGUCGAUUCAGUGCUUCUCACGCCCUCAUCUCCCCCACCCACUCACUCCUCAUCUCCCUCACUCACUCACUUGCAGCAUCUCAUUCGCCUCCUCAGCUGUCUGAUCUGGCAUGUGGUAGCUACAUGUGA